GAGAGAGAGAGAGAGAGAGAGAGAGAGAGAGAGAGAUCAGGAGAAAGAUGAGAACCAUGGUGGUGCUGAUAUUUGCAGUGGUGCUGAUUGCAAUGGGUUGCAGCAGCAUCCACACAGCUGAAGCUUCUAAUUAUGAAGAACCCAAAAUCAAAACCAUACAUGUAGGUGGCAAGGUACUAUGCCAAGAUUGCACCCAAGGUUGGAACGAAUGGGUUCACGGUGCCAGACCCAUCAAGGGUGGGAAGGUGUCAGUAACAUGCAUGGAUGACAGAAGCAGGGUUGCUUUCUACGGAAGCGAUUUGACGGACGAGAAAGGCCAAUUCGACCUGAUCGUGAACAAGUACACGAUCAACGACAAAGAAGUGAAAGCCAGUCGUUGCUCAGUGAGGUUGGUAUCUUGCCCAGAUGCCACGUGUAACGUUCCGACUAAUUUCGGCAGAGGCCGGUCAGGGAUGAAGUUGAACCGGCCGAGUUUUGUGUACAGAGAUUUGGUGAAGUACACUCUUGGUCCAUUCUAUUACACCAGUCCUAUGUGUGAAAAAUUUGACACUACUCAUCCUGAUCAGUCUAAUAAAGGUUGAGGAAAUGGGCGCAACUAUUAAUUAAUAUCUUAAAUACGUUUGUUUUUUUACUACUGUUUUUUUUCUACUGUUUUUUUUCUUUUUUCUUAUGCAACUUUUCCCAAUGGUUUUGUUUCAACAAUUGUAAUUGGAUGAAAUCAAAUAUUUCUUAAGAGGGAAAUGAUUUUUAGACA